GUUGGUCACACUCAUUCGUGUCUGGAUCGUUGUCGCUCAAACAACACAGUGUGUAGUUUAUUUUUUUGCUGCAGCGGGUUAUUUGCCAAUUGCUGAUUACAAUUGGAAUUCGAUUGCGCGGAGGCGUUAAAGUAGCAGGCGAUUCAGUGAAAGAUUGCGCGAAGAAGUAGGAAAAAAAAAGUUUAUAUAAAAGUACUAAUUACCAGAAAUUAUUAAAUUUACAACAACAAUGUUAUGUAAACAUAACGGUAAAAAGUAAAGGAUUAUGAAAAGAGAAAAUAUUAAAGAUGACAAUGACAACAAACUGUGUGUGAAAACAUUUUAAAGAAAAAAAAAUAAUAUAAAAAACAAAUAACGGUGCAGUGAUUGUUCGUGUGAAUUUACGUAGGUGACAAAAUAAACAAAAUCGAAAAAAUAAAUGUUUUUAUAUUGAAAUUGUAUAAGAAAACUGCAAGUGGAUUUCAUUAAACGUAUUUACGGGGAAAAAAGUGUUGUUCUACGCAAAAAAAAAUAUUAUUGCGAAAAAUAUAGUUGACUUUCACAACAAACAUCAAUUGCGUAUUUUCAAAUCAAGUUCAGAGUACAAUUUACAACUACAACAGCAACAAGAUUAAAACUCUGUGCUACGCCGCUUACGUAGUAGGUGUUGCAGUUUUAUAAGCGUCGGCGAUCGUGACGCCCGCGUUGUCAGUCAGCGCAGCUUCAUUGUUUUGAUUAACGCUGCAAAGCAUUUUUAACGGUACACCAGCUGUACACUGGUCAUCGUAUUGAGUAUUGUUAUUGUAAAUCGACGAUCAACAGGCGCUGGACAUUGAAACAGGAACACUGCACGGCAAUCAAAGAUAUCUAUUAUUUUCGUUGUGUGUUUGUUGUUAUUGUGUAACGGACGCAAGUGUAAAGAUUUUUAAGAUUUUACUUAUGCAAUUUGACAAGACAAAUUUAUAAAUUUUAAGAUUUUAUAAAAAGCACAAGCCAGUGACAAUUGGACCACAUUUUUGACAAUCACAACAACAGAAGAUUUGUAAGCAAUUUCGAGUGAGUGCAAAAUAUUGAACAGCUGCUCAAAUUAAGCGUUUUCUCUAUUAUUCACCUAAAGUUAUCCUCGCCAAACUGUGCUCUUGUGUGAGUGAAUGUGUGUAAAUAAAAUAAUUGUAAUAAAAUAAGCGUAAUAUUAUUUUUUGUGACAAAUUUGUGUAAAAAGUGUAGCGCGUGGCACAAUAAGAAGUGUGGCAAAAAAGUGUUUCUCUUAUAAAUGCAAUUAUAUAAUAUGGAUUGUACUGGCCGUCGUUCAAAUCAAAGUGAACGUGAUCCAGAUUUAGGCGAAGAUUUGUCUCGUGACAUCGCAUCGGACGAUGAUAUACGCGAUUGUGAUUCGAUCGAUGGUGAUCAUCAUGUAAUUCGUGCAAAAGGCUUAAAUGUCGCAACAUUGAAACGCCAACACAGCAACAGCAAUAACAGCAGCAACAACAAAAAUAGAAAUAUACAUAGCAAUCAUAAAAAUAACAACAACAACAACAGCUCUAGUGCAUUUGUUGGUGAUAUGAGUUUUGUUGGCAACGCCAGCAGUGUUAGAGUCGGUGUUGGCAGUGGCAUGGGUGUGCGUAGUCCCGAUCAUCACGCUGAUCUACAAAUGAGUCAUCAUCACCAAUUUCCGACAAAUCAUCCGCUAAAUGCGCUCGGUAAUUUCAUGGGCAUUGGCGGUCUACAUGGCAUUCCAAAUCUACAACACAACGAUGUGCUGGAGAAGUUAAAGAUGCAAGUUCGUGAUAUGAAAGUGGGUCUAAUGGAACAAGAUUACGCAGCUGCUGCGCAUGCGGCUGCCUUUGGGCAAAAUCUAUUACCCACCAGCUUGAAUCCCGCAUUCUCAAUGCCGCCCACGUCGAUGGCUCAGUUCGAGCAUCGCGCACAGAGCCUCGCUGCACAAGCGGGCGGUGGCGGCGGCGGCAAUGGUGGUGGUGGUGGUGGUGGCGGUGUUAUUGGUAUCAAUGCUGGCGUUGCCAAUGGUAAUUCACAAAAUUCACAACACACCGGUGGCAAUAAUAAUGUGGGCGUGAGCGGCGCGUCAUGUUUGACGAAUGGUGGCACCGGUUUGCUUGGCGGUGGCGCUAACGGCAGUGGCGGCGGCGGGCCGAGUAUGGGCGGUAGUGGUGGUGGUGUUGGCGGUGGUAGCAGUGGUAACGGAGGUUUCUCAUUCACCUCACCAACGGCGCCGAGCUCCAAGGAUGUCAACCCUGCAUCGAAUUCUUCCACAUCCAGCGAAGCUUCCAAUUCUUCGCAGCAAAAUAAUGCCUGGAGCUUCGAAGAGCAAUACAAGCAAGUUCGACAGCUUUACGAGAUCAACGAUGAUCCGAAAAGAAAAGAAUUUCUGGAUGACUUAUUUUCAUUUAUGCAAAAGAGAGGCACACCCAUCAAUCGCUUACCGAUAAUGGCGAAAUCGGUUUUGGAUUUAUACGAGCUAUAUAAUUUGGUUAUAGCACGUGGCGGUCUUGUUGAUGUUAUCAAUAAGAAAUUAUGGCAGGAAAUCAUUAAGGGUCUACAUUUACCCUCAAGCAUAACAAGUGCGGCAUUCACAUUGAGAACACAAUACAUGAAAUACCUUUAUCCAUACGAAUGCGAUAAGAAGAAUCUGAGCACACCGGCUGAGCUGCAGGCGGCCAUUGACGGCAAUCGGCGUGAGGGUCGUCGCUCCAGUUACGGGCAAUACGAGGCUAUGCAUACUCAAAUGCAAAUGCCGCAAAUUGGACGUCCAACAUUGCCGGGAAGCAUACAGCAAAUGUCACCGUUGGCGCUUGUCACACACGCCGCCAAUAAUCAGCAAGCGCAAGCCGCGGCUGCAGCUGCCGCCGCACACCACAGACUGAUGGCGCCCUCCUUCGGUCAAAUGCCAAAUCUGAUGACGCACGAAUUUGAGCAGCGCAUGAUGGAAUAUAUCAAAUUGAUACAGGUGAAGAAGGAGCAGCAGAACAACGCCGCUGCGGCGGCGGUGGCGGCAGCUGCAGCUGCUAGUGGCAAUGUGGGCGGUGUUGUGGGUGCCGAUGCAGCGGCUUUGGCGCGUGUCAGUGCAGCUGGCAGCGGUAAUGCGGCGCACAUGAAACAACAGCAGCAUCAACAUUCAGCAAGUCCGGAACCUGUCAAUCAUGAGGCUAUGAACGCAUUGGAUAUUUCGCGCGUCGCAUUUUGGCAAAUGUAUCACAACAACACCAGCCCGCCAACAUCGAUAAACACCUCACCACAGGGAAAUGUGGCCGGAGCGGCGAAUAUCGGUGGAGUAAAUGCAAUGGGCGUGCCAAGUCUAAACGAACAAAACAGUGAAGCACUCAACCUUUCCGACUCACCGCCAAAUAUCAACAACAUCAAACGCGAGCGUGAACGCGAACAAUCGCCGGAGCCAUGCGAUCGCGACGAUUUCCAUAACCAAUCACCGCCAGCGAAACGUGGUGCACUCAACUUCCCAACUGGUUUUUAUCUACCACCCGGCAUGGCUGCAGCAGCAGCAGCCGCGGCUGCCGCCAAUUUCCAUCAACAGAACCACAGCAACAAUCAUCUGCCACAAGACUCCGAUGGUGAGGAUGGCGAUGAUGACGCUGAUACGCACAACACCACCAACAACUCAAUGGCACAAGACGAAGAGUCCGAACGCCCAGCAUUGAAUGGUCAUCAUCUUCAACAACAUCAUCUCCAUCAGCUGCAUCACUUGCCACACAAUCUACAAAUGCCCCACCAUCAACAUCUCGUCAACAAUACGAGCGGCAAUCAUGACAAGUCUGAUGACUCGGCCAUCGAAAAUUCUCCCUCGACCAGCGCGGUUUCGGCUGGUGGCGGUGGCGUCGACAGCGCCAAUGACAAUGGUGCUUGUGGUGGCAGUGCGAGCGGUCACAUUUCACCGGUGUCUACAAAGAAGAUUCACCUGUCGAAGCAACAAAAUAAUGGUGGCGCAUCAGCGAUGGAUUGCAGCAGUGGUGGUGCUGGACGCGCUCAAUCCAAUAGCCCCAGUUUAGGUGGCGUGGAAGACGCAUUAAAUCUGCUUUCGGGCAUGCAAUUCCGUGUGGCGCGUAAUGGCACCAACGCUAAUGGCGAACAACAAUUGACUGUAAACCUCGAAUUGAAUGGCGUUAAGUACUCGGGUGUACUAAUCGCCAAUACCGCUAACAAUACCAACUCCAGAGCUCCUUCAGUAGCGGAUCUUCAGCAAAAUAAAAGCGAACUCAUGGAGAACAACGAAUUAACAGAUGCGACAGCAGAUGAGGCAAAAGAUAUGAGCGCGGGUGGUACCAGUGGUGCCGACGCUGACAUCGAAGAUGAGGACAUGGCUGAUAUGGCCAGCACAACCAGCACUGACGAAGCUUCGCCAACAAAAUUGAACAAAAAUGUUGGCAACGCUUUAACAGCAAUCAAUAAUAACGGUGCGCUAAAUGACAGUAACGUUAUAAGUGAUACCGUUAUGUCGGCGUCUUAAAAGAAGCUACAUAGUAGUGUAGGGAAGGCGCAAGUGCUAGGGAGAGAAUUAAAUAGUAACAGAAACAGAAACUGAAUAGGGGAACAGAAACAGAAACAUACCUAAAUGGUACUGUGUAUGUGUGUUUGUAGCGCUGCAGCGCACACAACGGAGCAGCUGCUAAGCAAAAUGAAUUCCAAAAUAUCCACAAUAUGCCCUGCGCUUGCCACAUAGAGUUGGUGGGGCGGCUAAGCGUGGGAACAACAAAACUAUAAAAAAUAAACUAGACGCUUAAGUUGUAUAUUUACGCUAAAAUUUAGAAAACGAUAAAGACGCAUAUAAUUAUUGUAUAUAUAGCAACAUGCGCAAGUGAGUGAUAAGUUCAUUAUAAGAAAACAAAUACCUAAAUAUUUUUUGGUUCUGUUGGUGAAAGUGCUGUUGCACCCAAGACUAGAAAUCCAAAAAAAGUUGGCAUGGAAACGUGAAACCGUAACUGACCCAAAACAAGAUAU